AUGCGGCCCGCGCGCUGGCUCGCACUGGGUAGCCUCCUCGCCCUGGCCGGGCUGCUGGAAGGCCGGCUCGUGGGCGAGGAGGAAGCCGGCUUCGGCGAAUGCGACCGGUUCUUCUACGCCGGGACCCCGCCUGCGGGGCUGGCGGCCGAGGCCCACGUGAAGAUCUGUCAGCGCUUCGAGGGCGCCGAGCGCUUCGCCACCCUGUACAGCCGCUGGGACCGCAUCCCCGUGUACUCGGCGUUCCGCGCCGCGCGCCCCGCGGCUGCCGGCGCCGAGCCCCGCUGGCUGGUGGAGCCGCAGAUCGACGACCCCACCAGCCACCUCGAGGAGGCGAGUGAUGAGGCUGAUGCCGUCACCUCUGUGAACAGCCUGGGAAGCCAGCAAGCCCUCAGCACAGAUUACUUGGACUCCGAUGACCAAAGAGGACAGGUGUACCCGGUCUCCCUUAGCGAUGAUUUCCAAGUGGCUACGUUCGCGCUCACAAACGCAGCUCCGAUGGCCCCGUCCUUCCGCGAGCGGUGGUACCGGGAUCUGCGCAGCCUGAUGGAGCGGGCCCUGACCCCGCAGUGCGGCGGCGGGGCGGACCUGUAUAUCCUCGCUGGCGCCGUGCCCUCCCGCCGCAAGGUCAAGGACAGAGUGGCCAUCCCCGCGUUUGUCUGGCUGGCCGCCUGCUGCGCCGCGCCCGGGGCCGGCUGGGCUAUGGGCUUCGUCCAGCACGCGCGCGACGGUGACAUCAUAGAGGACGUGAUGGUGCCCGAGCUCGAGAAACUGCUUCCGUCCAGCCCCAGGCUGUUCCAGGACAACUGCGGCGAGGCCCAACAGGACACGGAGAGAAUGAAAAAAAUCCUGGAAGUGGUUAACCAAGUCCAGGAUGAAGAGCGAACCGUGCAGACCAAAGAGGACGCUCGUUCUCUCUCCGGCCCCCAGAGCCAGGGCUCCGCGCUGCUGCCUCCGGAGCCGGCUGAGGAGGGGAGGGGCCUUCUGGGCAAGCUGAUGGGCCUCCUCGCCACCCCCGUCACCAAGCUUUUCCAACUACUUUAUUACGUUGCCGUGGGCGUCCUGAAGAACAUUAUGUAUGUCCUGUGGUUUGUUACCAAGCAAGUGUGUAACGGCAUAGAAAGUUGCCUUUACCGCUUGGGUUCAGCCACCAUCUCCUACUUCUUGGCCAUCGGGGAAGAGUUGGCCAGCAUUCCCUGGAAGGUACUCAAAGUCAUGGUCAAAAUCAUCAGGGCCAUUCUCCGGAUCCUUUGUUGUCUGCUGAAGGCUGUUUGCCGCGUUCUGGGCAUUCCGGUCCGAGUCCUCGUGGACGUGGCCACUUUCCCCAUGCACACCAUAGGCGCGGUUCCACUUGUGUGCAAGGACAUCGCCAUGGGCCUGGGCGGCACCCUCUCUCUGCUCUUUGACGCUGCUUUUGGCACUGUGGGGAGCCUGUUUCAGGUUAUUUUUAGUAUCUGCAAGAGGAUUGGCUACCGGGUUACUUUUGACAAUUCAGGGGAGUUAUAGAACUCAAAAACACUAGCAGGGUCCAGUUACAUUGAAUUUGAUUUUUUUUUUUUUUUAAUAGAGAAAGCUGGAAUAUUUUGUCUUUACAAUGGGUUUCUGUUUUGCUGUCAAUUACUUUAUAUCUUGGCCUGUGGUAGGGGUAUUUGCAUGUUUUGCAAAGGAAGAUGGUAUAAUUUAGACUUGACCAAAGAGAGAUGUUGAGAAUGGGAUUAUGGGUAGGUAGAUCAUCUGUGGGAUAUGGGCAAACUUCCAAACCAUUGGAAUCUUCCUUCACUCUGCUGCUAGAUGGACCGCUUGAGAUACUCUGGUGUUCAUUUGUGAUAACUAGGAAUUACAGAGAAGGGAAGAAUUAGGAAGGAGACAACUUUAACCCAAAGAGUUUCUGAGAGAGUGGGAUGGGAAUCUUGUUUCUCUUAUGAGGUGUAAGGCACAACUUAUAUAAUGCUGCUGGUCGAUUUGUUUUCAUUCGCUUCUCUUUCUCUCCAACUCAGCUGACCUUGGUGAAGUGCAGACAUGCUUUCUUGUUGAAAUAACUUUCUUAGGGAUAAAGAUUUGCUAAUAUCCCUGAGCUUUCCAUGGCUUUGAAGGACCUGUAAGUUUUUGUGUUUUUUGUUUUUGUUUGUAUGUGUGUGU